AUUAUGGUUGGGGGUCACCACAACAUGAGGAACUGUAUUAAGGGGCCACAGCAUUAGGAAGGUUAAGAACCACUGUCCUAGGUAUUUACAGAGUAUUAUAAUCCCAGUCUGGGAUGUCUUUGGGAUCAGUCGCUCAGAGGUCUGUGCAGAGGCUGUGUCCGCAUAGAGACACGGCGAAGAGGCCUUCCAUCCUGACUGUGGGCCUUCCGUAGCCCUUGUGUAGUAGGCAUCAUGGAGGCUGCUGGGGCAGGUCGUUGCCGUGGGGCCUUCUGGAUGGCACUGCUCUUCGAUGCGGCGGGCCUGUCGCUUCUGCUGCUGGGUUCCUUCGUGGACGUCUUUUUUGCAGACCUGCUAAUCUACAGCGGGGGCGUGGGCCUGCUCUUCAGCCUCCUUUGGUGGGUCUUCUGGUACGUGGGCAACAUCGAGGUACCGCCGGACGAGCUGCAGGAUGACAUAGGCUUGGGCGAGGAGGCCAUGCCCGCGGCGAUGGAGGCCGAAGCGACAGGCCGUGCCUGGCGGGUCCGUUUCAUGGUCCGCUCCCUUGGCAGGCACCUCUCGGGCUCCUUCCACUCAAAGCCGGUCCACUCUGACAAGAAGACUGAGGCUGACUCUGCCGUUGGAGAGACAGUGACCGGUAGCCCGCCGUCGCAGAAGAGGCUAAGAUUUUGAAGAAGAUGCGCCAUCCACGCUUGCUUGUUCCAACGACGAUGUCCACCUUAGCACAGCCAACGAGGCCUUCCCUUCUUCAGUCGCUCGUGCUUUUUCCUCACACAAAGUGGCU